AUGCUGCGGUUCCUUUGGUUCGACGAUAUCACUGAACCUGUUCCGAAAAUCCGACGAUUCCAGUUUUGUCGACUAGUGUUUGGGCUUACCCCUAGCCCAGCAGUUUUGGCAAGCAUCAUUCAACAUCAUUUAAGUAGACAUAAAGAAAGGGAACCUGAAAUGGUUUCCUUGCUCAAUGAUUCAUUUUAUGUCGAUGACUUUGCUGGAGGAGCAAAAACUGAUGAUGAUGCGGUAGAGGUUUAUGAAAAGGCGCAAGCAAUUAUGAAAGACGGUGGUUUCACUCUCCGAAAGUGGAUGUCAAAUUCGAAGAAAUUCCGAGAAAUGGUCGAAAAAAAUGAAGAGCAUCAAUCAUACGUGAACGCGGACAAACCAACACUCAACCAAGGUAAACAAGAUGUAACACAAACGAGUUCGAAUGAGAUUGUAAAGGUCCUUGGUUUACACUGGAACGUGCAAAGUGAUGUAUUCCAAUUUGAAACCACCGAAUUAGUGCGGUAUGCCCUAACUCUACCACCCACGAAGAGAUCGGUCCUUAAACUGUCAGCGAAAAUCUUUGAUCCGAUUGGUAUACUAGCGCCCUUCACGAUCAAUAUGAAGUGUCUGUUUCAAACUUUGUGUGUUGAAAAUGUCGACUGGGGCACUGAAUUAAGCGGUAAAUCAUUAAGUACCUGGAAUUCGUUGCUAAGAGAUCUUUUGGCAAUAAAAUCAAUCCGCAUGCCCCGAUGUUAUUUUACCAAGUCAAGCCCAAUCUCAACUCAUCAGAUCCAUGGAUUCUCUGAUGCUUCAGAAAAGGCGUAUAGUGCGGUUGUUUAUCUGCGUACAGAAUAUCAAGACGGAACUGUCGAAGUAAACUUGAUUUCGUCAAAGACGAGAGUAGCGCCUUUAAAAAGACAGUCGAUUCCAAGGCUCGAACUGCUUGGGGCAAAUAUUUUAGCUCGAUUGGUGAACACGAUAUUGAAAACACUUUCAGCAAUCAUCGAUGAUCCAGAGGUAUUUUUAUGGACGGACUCCUAUACGACGCUUUGUUGGAUAAGAAAUUACAAGAUGUGGAAACAGUAUGUUCAACGUCGUGUGACAGAAAUCCGAGAGCUUACAAACGAAAAGCAUUGGCACUUUUGUCCAGGUGAACUCAACGUAGCGGAUUUGCCAUCGCGUGGUUGCUCUGCAACUGCAUUAGCUGAAAAUGACACGUGGCUCCAUGGACCAAAGUUCCUUAAAGAUCCUAAAGACCAAUGGCCUAAAUGUCCUCAACCUACCAAUUUAGAAACCGAUGUCGCUUUGUCAGAAACUGUCAAGACUCGUCCUACUGUUACGUACAGUCUUGUUAAUUUAACGGACGAUCUACUUUCGCAUGCCAGAAUUGGAUUGGUAAUGGAGUGUAACAAAUAUAGUAGUGUAACAAGAUUGUUAAGAGUCACCGCGUUUGUUCUACGAUUCAUCAGGAAGUUGAAAGGGCAAGAAACGAGUGACAAUUCUAUACAGACCUUAAGUGCUAACGACAUCAAGGAAGCCGAGAUCCUUUGGGCCAGAGAAGUCCAAGCGGUAUCAUUCCCUGAAGUAACUCGCCUUUUAGGCUCAAAACAGCGGGUUAACAACCAACUUAUUAAUCAGUUAAACUUGUUUCGCGAUAAGAACAAUCUCAUUCGUUGCGAGGGACGUCUGGAACAUUCAUGUUUGUCAGUUGAUUCAAAUAAUCCCAUUCUAUUACCCUCCAGACACCAUUUUACAGAUCUAAUUAUCCGAGAUCGACACUACCAUGUUCAUCACUGCGGGAUUAACGAUACGUUGAACUGCAUUCGUAAUACUUAUUGGAUUUUACGAGGACGAGAAUCCGUAAAACGUGUAUUGAAGAAAUGUGUAACUUGCAAACGACACGAAGGAAAACCGUUUUCCACCCCUAAAGUUCCGCCAUUGCCACCCAGCCGAGUGAGUGACGAACCGCCCUUCACAAACACUGGCCUCGAUUUUGCUGGUCCUCUGUUAGUUAGAGACGGUGAGAAAACCGAGAAGUCAUAUAUAUGCCUGUACACUUGCGCUUCUACCAGAGCGAUUCAUUUAGAGUUGCUAAAGAAUUUAUCAACAGAUACAUUUUUGCAAUCUUUCCGACGCUUUACUGCUCGACGAGGCCUACCAAAGAAACUAAUUUCCGAUAACGCAAAAACUUUCAAAGCUGCGGCCAAAGAAAUCGAGAAAAUUUCAAGAUCACACGACGUUCAACGUUUCCUUACAAACAAAGGAGUUGUUUUGGAUUUCAUUACAGAAAGGGAGCGCCUAAUCAAGACUACGAAACGUUGUUUAAAGAAAUCAAUGGGGAAAACUUUUCUUUCGUUCGAAGAAAUGCGAACAAUGUUGGUUGAAAUAGAAUCGACUUUGAACAACAGACCACUAACAUACGUUUACGAUGACAAUGAAGGUGUUUCGCUUCCAUUGACUCCGUCCUGUCUCAUAUACGGAAGAAGAAUAGCGACAACUCCAAAUGAUUCACAGUUUGAGAUCUCAAGUACGAAUCAAUCGCUCACACGUCGAGCGAAGCAUCAAAAUCGAGUGUUAAAGAACUUUACAACGCAAUGGAAGAAAGACUAUUUGUUAAGUUUACGAAAGUCGUCAAAGGCACAAUCCAGAGCUGCUGAGAUAAUAUCUGUUGGAGAUAUUGUAGUCCUGAAGAACGAAAGUACUGCGCGUAUUUUCUGGAAACUGGCGAAGGUUGAGGAACUUAUUACAAGCAAAGAUAACAUUGUGCGAUCAGCGAAAGUCGGUGUUUUGAAUGAAGCUAACAAGAAGAUUCAGCUGCGAAGACCCAUUCAACAUUUGGUUCCGCUUGAAAUAAGCCGGAAGAACAUGACAUAG